UGAACACUGAAAACUGCAAAUCGCGAUACCAUGGCGGGCGAGAAGGUUGUUAUGCCUUCGACACCAGAGGGAGGUGUCAUGGGCCUGAUAGAAGUGGAUCCUUCUCCAGUCGAGGAGACCCCAGCCGAGUUCAAGGAGGACUACUUCCCUGCCUCGGCGCCCUCAAGAACGUCAACAUUAGGGCUGGGGAGUCAUGGUCCGGCAUACUACCUCCUCCGCGUACAGCGUUACUCGUCCUACGCCUUCACAAUCUUCGCUUCCUUCCAUAUCGUCAACACCUCUGUGAUACCUCUCCUCACCAAGUCUGUAUCCGAAAGCAACCGCUACCUACUUCUCACAAGACCAUACUACCAGUCGGCUCUCACCGAGCCGCUUCUGGUGGGCCUACCUCUUAUGGCCCACGUGUCCUCGGGUAUUGCUCUACGGUUGUACCGAAGACACCAGACAUUGCGACGAUACGGCGCGGAGACGCAUCGAGACAAGAAAACGAUACCAUGGCCAGCCGUCAGUGGAACAAGCGCACUAGGCUUUGCAUUGAUCCCGCUGGCCGGCUUCCAUAUGCUGACCACGCGCAUGAUGCCCAUGUACAUGCACGGUGACAGCUCGCUGAUCAACCUGUCCUACAUCAGCCACGGCUUUUCAUUACAUCCCUUUGUUUCAUUUGCUGGGUUCACUGCAUUGGUCGGAGUUGGAGCAUGGCAUAUUACCUGGGGAUGGGCGAAGUGGUUAAGACUGUGUCCGACGCAAGCUACAGCCACGGGCUCAAGAAGGCAUUUGGUAAAGAAAAGGAGGUGGUACGCCAUAAAUGCGUUGUCAGCAGUGGUGGCGGGGCUGUGGCUGGCAGGCGGUUUGGGCAUUGUGGGACGAGGUGGGAAGACGACAGGAUGGAUAGGAAGGGAAUUCGAUGAGCUGUACAAGAGCAUGCCAUUACUUGGUAGCAUUGCUUGGUAGCAUUGCUUGGUAGUUAGGGCUGAUGGAGAUAUCAGAUCCGGCACCCUGAAAAGGCAUGCAUGUGUAAUGACAUAGAUCCUACCCAUUCUACCUUAGUG